AUGCAUAGCAAUGAUGCUGAUGAAUAUUAUGAGAAGCCUCCUCAAAAGAAACGGUUCUAUCGCCAAAAGAAGUACUGGAUCAUUUGCGGUGUUAUCUCGGCCAUCGUUACCCUCGUUGUUGUUCUUCUCAUUGUUUUCGUAUUUUUCCCCAUGAUCGCCCAAUCCAUUAUCAACCAUUCAGGCAUUAAUGUUCAGAGCGCCAGUAUCUCUUUCACUCCUCCUGCGUCCAACACGAAUCAAAAGCGACAGGACACUCCAUUCAUGGUAGCCGGUUUAACCAACACUGGCCCAUUCCCUGCUGAUCUUAAAUUCACCAGCCCUAUCACCAUCUCGUACAAGCAAAACGAGAUUGGUAGGGUCGAACUUCCAGCAACACACGUUUCUGGCGGUAAAGGUACCUUGGAAUCUAACACAGUUUUCAAUAUCACCAACCCUGAUGCCUUCAAUGCUUUUGCUGUUGACAUGUUGGCUGUUGAAAGCUUUGUUUGGACCAUGCAGGCAAGCUUGGAUGUUACUGCCUUGUCCAGAACUGCUCACGUCAAUCUUAAAAAAGAUGUUACCAUUGGUGGCAUGAACGGUUUCCCCGCAGUCAAGAUCACUUCAUUCGCUCUUCCAGGCGAUGACCCAGCGGGCGGUAUCCAACUUUCUCUUGGUACUCAAUUGACCAACCCAUCUCCCAUUGGUGUCUAUCUUGGAACCAUCCAACUGUCCGUCAGUUACCAAGAUGUCUACCUCGGUCCAGUUUCAGCCACCAACGUCAAUUUGGCUCCCGGAGAUAAUAAUAUCACAUUGAAUGGCCGCUUGGUUCCUCAAACCGAUGUUAACAACCUCAACAUUGUUAGUGACAUGUUCUCUCGUUACAUUGCCGGUGAAGUCUCCAAUACCACCGCUAAAGGUAUUUCUGCUGCUCCCGAUGGUGUUAACCCUGUAUCUUGGUUGUCCAAUGGCUUCCAGACCGUUCAACUCCAUGUCGGACUUGCUGCUUCUGAAAAACUUCAGCUCAUCCACGGAGUUAGCCUCGGUAAUCUUGAUUUGGCUUUCACCAACCAAACUGCUUAUAGCCCUCUCUCGACGGCUCCUCAAGUUACUGCCAAUUUCAGUGUACCCUUCGGUUUCUCAUUGAAUAUCACUGAAGUCACUCAGAACAUUACCCUUGGUACCAAUUCUACUGGCCCCAUUGCUCUUUUGUCGUCUGGUUACGUUAACUCUACCAGUGACCAAAAAGCCGGUAUCCUCAAUUUUGCUCUCAACAAUGCUCCUCUUCAGGUCUAUCCUGAACAACAUGAGGCUUUCAAUGAGUUCACCUACAAUUUGACUGGUGCUAACGUUUUUGAAUUCAACGUUGCUGGUAACGCUACUGUUGUCACUUCCACUCCUAUUGGUGUCGUCAAGUUGUCCAACGUUCCUUUGAAUGCUGUCACUUCUCUCAAUGGCCUUCAGUUCCUCAACAGUACACCCACCACCAUCAAUGGUCUCGAUGUUACUGGAGGUACAACUGACAAUUUGAUUAUGGUCAUCAAUACUACCAUGUACAACCCUUCAAGCGUCCAAAUUUCCGCUGGUGAUGUCAGCCUUUUGAUGGGAUCUGAUGGUACUCAACUUGGAACAGUCACUCUUCCCAACUUGGUCCUCCAACGUGGCAGCAACACUCUCCAGGCUACUGCUCUUUUCAACCCCAAGGCCACCACCGUUGGUCAGAACUUGCUCACCACUUUUGUUGCUGGAAAGGCUAAUAAUGUCACCAUUGGCGGUUAUGCCAAUAGCACCAUUAUUGAGUCUCUUGCCUAUGCUUUCGGAAACAUAAGCUUGGGCUCCGUUCUCCCUGGUCUUCAGUCUCAAUUGAUUCAAUCUGCUGGCUUAACUGUUUACACCAACACUGUUCAAACCAAUGUGGCCGGUACCACCGUCACCAUUGCCAACCCCUUCAGUGCUGGUCUCUCCAUCACUCAAGUCAAGGCUGCUGUCACAUACGCUGGAAUGCCCGUAGGCAACAUUGAUGCUGAUAUCAGCAGCAACCCUAUCGUCAUUGGAGGAAAGACCACUGCUGCUUCUCCUGCUAUUCCUAUCACCAUGAACUUGGAACCCGCUGCUGUAGCUCUUUUGCUUCGCGAUAACGCCAACAGUGCCGGCUUGAACCUUCAACCUAUUGAUGCCUUGCUUACCAUGGGUGGCUUCAAUAUCCAAGGUCAACAGCAAAUCCAAGGAACUGCUGACUUGUUCAAUGGUUUCAACAUCUCUGACUUUGUCAUCAAGGCUUUCACUAACUUGCAUGUUGAUCUUCAACUUUCCUCCGUUCUCAACAUUGGUCAAUAUACCGAUACCCUCGAUAUUGUGCAGACCAACGUUCCUACCAAGACAGAUAAUACCAUCACAUACUUGAUUCCUGUUGUCGGCCAACCCAUUGUUCAGUCUAUCAUCAAUCAAGCUGCCAUGACUUUCUCCAGCGCUAUUUUGUCUGAUGCCACCAAUUCGGCUUUCACUGUUCAGCUCAAUGGUCAAAUUACUGGUACUGGUCCUUUCGCUGCUACCAUUGGUUUCCCAGCUCCUCUCACUGUGGCCUGGAAUGGAAGAAACAUUGGUCAAGUCACCAUGCCUAACAUUCAAACUGUUGCUGAUGUCGGUGCUACCUUCAAUGUCUCUGCUCACUUCGCCGUCACUGAUGAAUCAGCCAUGGCUGAUUUCAGUGCAUACAUGUUGCUCGAAAAGGAUUUCGUCUGGGAUAUCUCUUCCACCGAUGUCUCCGUCACCGCUAUGGAUUACACUUUCACCAACCUCAGCAUGACCAAGUCCGUUACCCUUCUCGGUAUGGCUGGUCUUGUCAACGAUGUGAAGAUCAACUCGUUCAACUUGCCUGCCAAUGAUCCUUCCGGUGGUAUUUCCCUCGUUUUGCAAACUACCUUGACCAACCCAUCUCAAGUUGGUGUUAGUCUUCAAGGUCUUGGUUUUGAAUCUUUCUUCGGUGAUGUUGAUAUUGGUCCAGUCGCUGGUACCAAUGUCAACCUUCCUCCUCAAGGUACCGCCCAGGUUCAAAUGACAGGUCGACUCGUUAAGCAAUCCAGUGACGCUGGUCUCUCUGCUUUGGAAACUUUGUUCAACAACUACCUUGGCCACAAGGAAACCGCGCUCUCCGUCAAGGGCUCUUCUGCGUCUGGCCCAUCUGGUCAAAUCAACUGGCUCUCUGAAGCCUUCCAGAAGCUUACCAUCAACAAUGUUAUGCUUCCUGGAGGUCCUGAAAACAUGACUCUCAUUCCUGCUGUGGCUAUCAAGCAGUUCACCUUUGAUUUCACCAAGGGUGCUUACUCUCCUGAUUCCAGCUCUAAUGAUAUUGAGGCUCAAUUCAAGAAUCCUUUCGGUUUCCCAUUGUCCAUUACUGGCUUGCAGGAAACCAUCGAGACUUCAGCUGCAGGUCAUGAUAUGGCUACUUUGGCUCCUCCUUUCAGCCCUGCUACCACCGAUACUUCGACUGGUAUCAUCAAGACUGGAUUUGAGCACGUUCCUUUCAACGUUCACAGUGGUGCCGAACCUGUCUUCAAUGCCUUCGUUCAAGGUCUCACUUUGACCUCGGGCGGUACUCUUGGUCUCAAGGGCUUCAAUGAUUUCGGUGGUCAAUUCACUAUUGAUCAAAGCACCGUUUCUAUUUCUGGCGCUACCCCUCAAUAUGUGAUCAUCAAGAUGACCAUCGCUAUGAACAACCCAUCGUUUAUCACCAUUACUAUUGGUGACAUUCAAUUCGAUACCCUUGUUUCAGGCGUCAAUAUUGGUCCCACCAUCUUGAAGAGUCUUACUAUCGCUCCAGGAACCCAAAACUACCUAGCUGAAUUCCACUUGACUCCCAUGGGUGGUAACAACGCCGUAGUCUCUGCCAUUCUCUCUGGUUAUUUGCAAAAGCAAACAUUGGCGCUCACUGUUAAGGGCUCAGAUAACUCUACCUCCAUUGCCUCGCUCAAGCAAGGUUUGGCUGGUGUCAGUCUUACUGGCUCUCUUACCGGUAUCGAUGCUCACCUUAUUACU